AUGCCGCCCAUCCCACGAGAGGCUUCACUCAAGCACGCAUGGAAUGCAGAAGACAGAUCGCUCAAAUUUUUGUGUUUCAAGGAUGACAAAAUGACGUUCCAUCGACAACCUGUUGCCCAGAGUACAGAUGGUAUAAGAGGAAAAGGUUUGGUAGGCAGUAAUGACCAGUCAUGGGGCUGGGACCUAGGCCGUAAUAAGUUGUAUCACAAUACCAGGCAAGGCAACCCGGACAUUACUUAUCCUUCAUUAUUAAACAACAAUGAGACCUUCGUUGUCCCAGAUAAAUUUUAUGUUGUCUUAGAUAUGGACGAAGGAACGUUGGCAUUUGUUGUAGAGGGUCAGUAUUUGGGAGUAGCAUUUCGUAACCUGAAAGGCAAGAAGCUUUUUCUAAUAGUUUCAGCUGUAUGGGGCAAUUGUGAAAUUUCUAUCAGAUACAUAGGUGGACUAGAUCCGGCACCGCUACCUUUGAUGGAUUCAUGUCGCUGGAUAAUACGACACGCUGUUGGUAAACAAAGGUUGACUCGUUUACGGGAGCUAAAUUUACCUCAGUCUGUUAUUCAGUACCUGCUGUACCACGGGGAGGCCAGCUCUCGUAGCACCAACGUGACAUCCGAACUACGUCAUGGGUGAACCUUUUGUCACCAGAAAUACACAACUUUCACACCCCACUGGAAGGCAUGAGAAUUGAACUCAUGGCCUAUAUAUUGUAAAUAUUUUCUUA